AGUAUGGUGUGUUGUGUUGUAUGCAUGCUAAUAACAGUUACAAUUCGAGCGGAUAUUUUUAAAAUCUUUUACUUAAAUUUGUAUGACGUUGUUCUAAAAUUCACAUCACCUUUAUUUCAACGUUGGUAAUAUCGGGAAUUCGUUAAAUCGGGGUUCGUAAAUGAGGGUUUCUUCUGGUCUUCAGGUCAUACGAAACACAACUCACCAAGGAGGAGUGACAAAAACAAUGAUCGUCAUGAAUAUCUUGACAAUUCUCAUCACUUUGUUCAGUCUGUUUAGUAGCCUAACGGGGGCACUUGAAUGUUACAAAUGCGAGAACUGUGGAGCAGAAUCUGGAGACAUCGAGUCAUGUAGUAUUGUAAACCAGCCUGCCAGCGAAAAGUGUGGAAAAUUCAUUAAUGCGUCCGGAGUUGUUAGUCGAAGAUGUACUAACAAUCUGGAAUGUACAGCAAGGAACGUUUAUACGAACGAGUGUGUUUCUGGUAUCAAGAAAGACUGCUUCAAUUGCUGCUCAACUGAUCUGUGUAAUGCCGCCACCCCGAGUGUCGUUACUGCCUCAUCUACCAAGAAAGGGAGGGAGGAAGAAGAGGAAGAAGAAAAGAGAAGAAAGAAAAGAAAAUCAAGAAGAAGGAGAUCGUCAAAGAAAAAGGAUAGAUACGAAGGCAAUAACGGACAGACAGGGCCACUUAAAUGCUACAAAUGCGACAACUGUGAACAAAAUACUGGCAACACUGUGACCUGUGUUGCCACUGCUAAGUGUGGAAAAUUCAUUUCUUCGUCCGGAGGUAAAUAG